GCAGCAGCAAGGAGCAGGACCAUCGAUCCGAGACAGCUCUGGGAAGCGGACGCUGAGCUGCCGACACACAGAGAAGCUCACUCCCAGACCCCUUGAUGCACAACCACUGCGCUCCAGCCCUCUCGAGCACUUAGCCAUCUGACCUCAGAACGAGAAGCAUCAGAGGAACAGAGAUAUCUGAGAAAGAGGGAUAGGAACAGGGAGGGAUGACGGCAGAGUCAGGCUGAGUUCUGUUAUCCCCGCUUUCCCAGAUCUAGGAUCCCCCCGCGCACAAAAGCACACGGCAGGCACAGAGACACACUCACACACACUCAAGCACGCACGCGCACGCGCCCCCCACCCGACCGACCGCCUUCUUGCCUCCCUGCCUCCCCGCCUCCCCACCUCCCAGCCUCCCUGGCCGGACGAUGGAUCCCUGCAGAUCCCUGGGCUGAAAGCACAGCGCGCCGAGCCAAGCCGGACAGAGCUGAACCGAGCUGAUCGGGCGGGCGGGCAGAGCAGGACCGGGCGGGCCGCUCCCUGCAGGCUCUGCUAGGCGCGGCGCAUCGGCCGGGGGCUCUCCCGCUCUCAGCCAUGAGCCCCUCCGUGGUUCAGCGCUGAGCAGGCGUCUGGUCCCAGCUAUCCAGGACCUGCUGCAGACCGCUGGGCUCCCGGAACUACCCCAGGAUAUUCCCUGGGCAGGAUGGAGCUGAAGGCAGAUGAGGAAGAGGUGGGUGGUGUCCAGCCUGUCAGCAUUCAGGCCUUUGCCAGCAGUUCCACCUUACACGGCCUGGCCCAUAUCUUCUCCUAUGAGCGGCUAUCCCUGAAACGGGCACUGUGGGCCCUGUGCUUCCUGGGUUCCUUGGCAGUGCUGCUGUGUGUGUGUACGGAGCGUGUACAAUUUUACUUCCACUACCACCAUGUCACCAAACUGGAUGAAGUGGCAGCUUCACACCUCACUUUCCCUGCUAUCACCCUGUGCAACCUUAACGAAUUUCGCUUCAGCCGAGUCUCCAAGAAUGACCUGUACCAUGCUGGUGAGCUGCUGGCUCUGCUCAACAACAGGUAUGAGAUACCAGAUACUCAGAUGGCAGAUGAAAAACAAUUGGAAAUGCUACAGGACAAGGCCAACUUCCGAAACUUUAAGCCCAAACCCUUCAACAUGCUGGAGUUUUAUGACCGAGCUGGACAUGACAUCCAUGACAUGUUGCUGUCCUGCCACUUUCGGGGUGAAGUCUGCAGUGCUGAUGACUUCAAAGUGGUCUUUACACGCUAUGGAAAAUGCUACACAUUCAACGCAGGCCAGGAUGGGCGGCCACUGCUCAAGACUAUGAAGGGUGGGACAGGCAACGGGCUAGAGAUAAUGCUGGACAUACAACAGGAUGAGUACCUGCCGGUCUGGGGAGAGACGGAUGAAACUUCCUUUGAGGCUGGGAUCAAGGUGCAGAUCCACAGUCAGGAUGAGCCACCUUUCAUUGACCAGCUAGGCUUUGGUGUAGCUCCUGGGUUCCAGACCUUUGUGGCUUGCCAGGAGCAACGGCUCAUCUACCUGCCUCCACCCUGGGGUACUUGUAAAGCUGUUACCAUGGACUCAGAUUUCUUCGAUUCAUACAGCAUCACAGCCUGUCGAAUUGAUUGUGAAACACGUUAUCUAGUGGAAAACUGCAAUUGCCGCAUGGUGCACAUGCCAGGUGAUGCCCCAUACUGCACACCUGAGCAAUAUAAGGAGUGUGCAGACCCUGCUCUGGAUUUCCUAGUGGAGAAGGACCAGGAUUACUGUGUGUGUGAAAUGCCCUGUAACCUGACUCGCUAUGGAAAGGAGCUGUCCAUGGUCAAGAUUCCCAGCAAAGCCUCAGCCAAGUAUCUGGCCAAAAAGUUCAACAAGUCGGAGCAGUACAUUGGGGAGAACAUCCUGGUGCUGGACAUCUUUUUUGAAGUCUUGAACUAUGAGACCAUUGAACAAAAAAAAGCUUAUGAGAUUGCAGGACUCCUGGGUGACAUUGGAGGUCAGAUGGGAUUGUUCAUUGGAGCAAGCAUUCUCACUGUUCUGGAGCUCUUCGAUUAUGCUUAUGAGGUGAUUAAGCACAAGCUAUGCCGUCGGGGCAGGUGCCAGAAAGAGUCUAAAAGGAACAGUGCAGACAAGGGUGUAGCCCUCAGUCUGGAUGAUGUCAAGCGACAUAACCCCUGUGAGAGCCUCCGGGGCCAUCCUGCUGGGAUGACAUAUGCCGCCAACAUCCUACCUCACCAUCCGACCAGAGGCACCUUUGAGGACUUUACCUGCUGAGCCCUGCCAGUUGUCAUACCAAAGGCCUGGGAGGGAAGAGGAGGGCAAGGAAAACCUGGGGGAUUAAGCUGUUCAUCUGCCCUGGGGCUUACCAUUGCCCCUCCCACUCCAAGGGCAGCUCCCAACUCCCUUCAAAGUUUUUCUCUUCUAGAACUGGUGGAAGGGGGUCCUGAGUCCAGUGCCCUCCUCUACUCCCUUGCCCUCCAUACUCAUAUUUUUAUUUUUAACAAACAAAUAACAGAAAUAAAUUACAAAGAGAAAGG